AAGCUAAUUUGACCUCAAAGCCUUCGGCGCUCACAGAUUCGCGUUAAGAUUAGUGAAGGUGUUCAUCAGUCACCCUUGAUAAUUUCCCAAGUUUUCAGGCUCAAUAAAGUUGUUUGGUUACUUUUGAUUUAACAUGGAACCUAACACACCCAAUGACAAUGGUUUGGCACCACCUCCCUAUGCACCACCCCCGUACUCAGGAGAUGCAUCAGCUCAACCCCAGUACCCUCCCCCUGGCCAGGGGUAUGGUUGGCAACAGCCACCACCACCCACAGCAUACCCAGGCCCUCCACAGCCAUAUGCAGGUGUCCCACCUGAAAAAACAGGACACCAAACACAGCCCCCUAGCUACCAUGCACAGCUUCCACCUGGACAGCCUGGUUACUACCCAAGUUAUCAACAAGGUUAUGUUCCUCCUAUAACAACUCAACAAACAAACUCUGUCACUGUUGUGCAAGGGGGCAUUGGACCCAGUGUUAUUUUGGCACCGCAGCUAGCACCCCCUGAUUACUGUUUCUUGGCCUGGUUUGCAUGUCUCUUCUGUUUUUGCCCAACUGGAAUUUGUGCCAUAUUGAAAUCCAAUGAGACACGUGAUGCCAUUUUUCGAGGAGACUUUGCUACAGCCAAUAUGUCGAGCAUGGAGGCCAGGAAGUUGGCAAACUUGUCAAUUGGCAUAGGAAUUACUCUCUUUGUUGUGGGCUUGAUUGUUCGCUUCGUAGCCCUCACUGCUACCUCGUAAACAUGAGGACAUGACAUCUUUUAUAUCUUAUCCAAAGAGAAGUUAACUUUGGUUGUAUGGAGAAUUUUUUAGACCCUAGGUGCCAAAAAAAAUUAGGUUUGAAAGAAUUUAGAAACAACUAAUUCUAGACCCUCAGGUCAUGAUUAGGUUGUAAAUCAAUAAUCACUUUAAACAUUCAAAUUGUUAGCUUUUUAAAGUGUACUUGGUGGUUUUCACAAAUCUAUUUUUGUCAACUUUAGGUUGAUAAUGGAGGUAGUCUGCCAGCUUUUUUAUUAUGGUAGAGUAAACAUAUAUUGAUUAUUAUGUAUUUGCUGAUUGAUUCCAUCAUUGUGCAGGCACUCACUUAUAGCUCAUUAUAUAAGUUGGUCAGGCAAUGAAAGGAUGUGGUAGCUGGGUGAUACAUUCAUAUCUCAGCCCAAGGCUUCAAGCUGCUACCAAUAUGGUCUCCAGGCUGAGAAAACAAUUCGAUGGCUAAAUUUGCAACAAAAUUGCCAAUUUGGUGACUUAUGUUUGGCAUCCAUGUAACUUAUGGUCUUUAGUUAGAGAUAAACAUUUACACAGAAAACUGAGUAAUCCUGUUUUUUUUUUUCUUCAUUUCUUCUUUCUGCCUUUGAAAAUUUCUUUAUCUGGUGAAAACAUUAUGAUUUCUGGUCACCAAUUGGUUAAUUUGAAAGUCGUGAAGCAUGGAGCCCUGCACCACCACUGAAGGUUGUCACCAUAAAGUAAUGUAAUUACUUAAAAUACGCCAGCUGCUCUGUCUUUUUCAUAAGGGAUGAAGGAUUUAGAUAUUGGUACUUUGAGUAACUCUCUUUGUUGUCAUGAUUUACUGCUGGUAAUAGGGAGGUGGUCUCUCUAAGUGGCCAUGCCAGGCAAGGAUGAUUUUUGAGAAUUUUAAAUGAUUGCCUGAUUUUUAACCAAUGCCUUAAGGUUUGGAGCCAAGAAUUCUGUUACGUUUAGAAGGGAAAACACUAACAAACAAAGUUACUUUCACUUGCUCGCUGCUAUGUUGAAUGAAAAGUUAUAAGCUAUCAUACAUAAGCUGUCAUACAGUAAUAGUGAACAAGUGAAGAUCAAAGGUCUUGUGUAUGCUGAUUCUCCCAAAGCUAUUUAGUCCUGGUGCUGAACAAUCAACUUAAGCAAUUUUUUUAAAUUUAUUUUUGAAUUGAAACAACGCAGUUGGAGUAUUAUUAUCAUAUGAAUGUUGUUUAGAGUAUAUUGUCCUUUAGAGGCAACAAUAGUUCACAGAUUCUUUAGCUAUUAAAUAUACUUUCUCCAGAAAAAA